AUGGAAACGGUGGGAAUGUGUCCACUUAACCACAACACAUCCGUGGUGAUAUGUGAAGCAGGAAACAAACAAUUAAACGAUGAAAACAGGGUGGGAAUAUGUCCACUUAAACAGAACACAUUUGCAAUGAUUUGUGAAGCAGAUAGCAAACGAGUAAACGAUGGAAACCGGAUGGGAAUGUGUCCACUUUAUCAGAACACAUCCAUGGUAAUAUGUGAAGAAGUUAACAAACAAGUAAACGACGAAAACAGGGUGGGAAUGUGUCCACUUAAACACAACACAUCCGCAGCAAUAUGUGAAGCAGGUAACAAACGAGUAAACGAUGGAAACAGGGUGGGAAUGUGUCCACUUAAACACAACACAUCCGCAGUAAUAUGUGAAGCAGGUAACAAACGAGUAAACGAUGGAAACAGGGUGGGAAUGUGUCCACUUAAACACAACAUAUCCGCAGUAAUAUGUGAGGCAGGUAACAAACGUGUAAACGAUGGAAACAGGGUGGGAAUGUGUCCACCUAAACAGAACACACCCGUUGUGAUAUGUGAAGCAGGUAACAAACAAGUAAACGAUGGAAACAGGGUGGGAAUUUGUCCACUCAAAUAUAACACAUCCGUUGUGAUAUGUGAAGCAGGUAAUAAACGUGUAAACGAUGGAAACAGGGUGGAAAUGUGUCCACUUAAACACAACAUAUCCGCAGUAAUAUGUGAAGCAGGUAACAAACGUGUAAACGAUGGAAACAGGGUGGGAAUGUGUCCACCUAAACAGAACACACCCGUUGUGAUAUGUGAAGCAGGUAACAAACAAGUAAACGAUGGAAACAGGGUGGGAAUUUGUCCACUCAAAUAUAACACAUCCGUUGUGAUAUGUGAAGCAGGUAAUAAACGUGUAAACGAUGGAAACAGGGUGGAAAUGUGUCCACUUAAACACAACAUAUCCGCAGUAAUAUGUGAAGCAGGUAACAAACGUGUAAACGAUGGAAACAGGGUGGGAAUGUGUCCACUUAAACACAACACAUCCGCAGUAAUAUGUGAAGCAGGUAACAAACGUGUAAACGAUGGAAACAGGGUGGGAAUGUGUCCACCUAAACAGAACACACCCGUUGUGAUAUGUGAAGCAGGUAACAAACAAGUAAACGAUGGAAACAGGGUGGGAAUUUGUCCACUCAAAUAUAACACAUCCGUUGUGAUAUGUGAAGCAGGUAAUAAACGUGUAAACGAUGGAAACAGGGUGGAAAUGUGUCCACUUAAACACAACAUAUCCGCAGUAAUAUGUGAAGCAGGUAACAAACGUGUAAACGAUGGAAACAGGGUGGGAAUGUGUCCACUUAAACACAACACAUCCGCAGUAAUAUGUGAAGCAGGUAACAAACGUGUAAACGAUGGAAACAGGGUGGGAAUGUGUCCACCUAAACAGAACACACCCGUUGUGAUAUGUGAAGCAGGUAACAAACAAGUAAACGAUGGAAACAGGGUGGGAAUUUGUUCACUCAAAUAUAACACAUCUGUUGUGAUAUGUGAAGCAGGUAAUAAACGUGUAAACGAUGGCAACAGUGUGGGAAUGUGUCGACUGAAUUAG